GCCCGCCCCGCCCUGCCGCCACGCCCCCACUCCCGGCGCUGCUGGGAGUUGCAGUUCCUUGAGCCCGUUUUCCCCCGUUUUUCCCCGGCGCCCGGGCCCUCGCAGCCCGUCAUGCUCUGCGCCACUAGCCGCUUCCUAGCGGCGACGGCGCUCCGCGCCCAGCCCAGAGGCCGGGGCCCCGCGCCCCGCUGCCGGCGCCGGGAACUACAUUUCCCAGGGCACCCCGAGCUGCCCCUUUGUGACUUCUUGACGGGGCAGCUCGGAAGACCCAGCGUGCCUGCGGGCCGGAGGGCGAUCCUCAGGAGGGGAAGGAUGCCGCCGGCGGUGGGCGGGGGCCUGGCAGGGUCGGAGCUGCGUGCCCGGAGGGGCCGCUGUGGGUCCCAGGCUGCUAGGGCCGUAAGUCCGGACGUGGCCGUCGAGGCUGCAGCGCGGAGCCACAAACGGCCUGCUCCGGGCUCGCGGCACUUCGAGGCGGCCGGCCGGUGGGCCCUGCUGGCCCUGGUGACGCUGCUGUCCUUCGCCACCCGCUUCCACCGUCUGGACGAGCCGCAGCACAUCUGUUGGGAUGAGACUCACUUUGGAAAGAUGGGAAGUUACUAUAUCAACCGCACUUUUUUCUUUGAUGUGCACCCACCUCUGGGAAAGAUGCUGAUAGGUCUUGCUGGCUACCUGAGUGGAUAUGAUGGUACCUUUUCCUUCCAGAAGCCUGGGGACAAAUAUGAGCAUCACAACUACAUGGGAAUGAGAGGAUUCUGUGCUUCCCUUGGUUCCUUGCUGGUCCCCUUUGCCUACCUCACUGUACUGGAGCUGUCCAAGUCCCUCCCGGCAGCACUCCUCACGGCUGCCCUUCUCACCUUUGACACAGGAUGCCUCACUUUGUCCCAGUACAUCCUCCUUGAUCCCAUCUUGAUGUUCUUCAUCAUGGCUGCCAUGCUGAGCAUGGUCAAGUACAACUCCUGUGCCGACAGGCCCUUCUCUGCCCCCUGGUGGUUCUGGCUCAGCCUGACUGGCAUUAAUCUGGCUGGUGCUUUAGGGGUCAAGUUUGUUGGCCUCUUUAUCAUCGUGCAAGUGGGGUGGAACACCAUUUCAGACCUUUGGCACCUGUUUGGAGACCUCAGUCUUUCACUGGUGACUGUGGGAAAACACCUGACUGCUCGCAUCCUGUGCCUCAUAGUGCUACCCCUGGCUCUCUACACGGCCACUUAUGCUGUUCAUUUCAUGGUGCUGAAUAAAAGUGGUCCUGGUGAUGGCUUCUUCAGUUCUGCCUUCCAGGCCCGGCUUUCAGGAAACAACCUUCACAAUGCUUCCAUCCCUGAAUACCUGGCCUAUGGCUCUGUGAUCACUGUGAAGAACCUGCGGAUGGCCAUCGGCUAUCUCCACUCCCACAGGCACCUCUACCCCGAGGGCGUUGGUGCCCGCCAGCAGCAGGUCACCACCUAUUUGCAUAAGGACUACAACAACCUGUGGAUUAUCAAGAAACAUAAUACAAACUCAGAUCCCCUCGACCCUUCUUUCCCAGUGGAAUUUGUAAGACAUGGAGACAUUAUUCGACUGGAACACAAAGAGACUUCUCGGAACUUGCACAGUCACUAUCAUGAGGCCCCCCUGACACGGAAGCACUAUCAGGUCACUGGCUAUGGCAUAAAUGGGACAGGGGACUCAAAUGAUUUCUGGCGGAUUGAGGUUGUAAACAGAAAAUUUGGAAACCGGAUCAAAGUGCUGAGAAGUCGGAUUCGCUUCAUCCAUCUGGUCACAGGUUGUGUCCUGGGCUCUUCGGGAAAAGUCCUGCCCAAGUGGGGCUGGGAGCAGUUGGAAGUUACAUGCACUCCAUACCUGAAGGAGACCCUCAACUCCAUCUGGAAUGUGGAGGACCAUAUCAAUCCCAAAUUGCCAAACAUCAGCCUGGAUGUGCUGCAGCCCAGUUUUCCUGAGAUCUUGCUGGAGUCCCACAUGGUGAUGAUCCGGGGGAACAAUGGCCUCAAACCCAAGGACAACGAGUUUACGUCCAAACCCUGGCACUGGCCUAUCAACUAUCAGGGCCUGCGCUUCUCAGGGAUCAAUGACACGGACUUCCGAGUGUACCUGCUCGGCAACCCGGUGGUUUGGUGGCUGAAUCUCUUGAGCAUUGCACUAUACCUGCUCUCAGGGAGCAUCAUUGCUGUAGCCAUGCAGAGAGGGGCACGUCUGCCUCCAGAGGUUGAAGGGCUGUCCCAGGUCCUGCUGCGAGGAGGCGGUCAGCUCCUGCUUGGCUGGAUGCUCCAUUACUUCCCAUUUUUCCUGAUGGGCCGGAUCCUCUACUUCCACCAUUACUUCCCAGCCAUGCUUUUCUCCAGCAUGUUGACAGGUGUUCUGUGGGACACUCUCCUGCGGCUCUGUGCCUGGAGCCUGGCCUCCUCUUCCCUGGCCAGGGGCAUCCACACGGUGGGAAUCAUGAGCCUGCUCCUGGGAGCUGCCUACAGCUUCUACCUCUUCCACCCUCUGGCUUAUGGGAUGGUUGGUCCCCUAGCCCAGGACCCCCGAAGUCCAAUGGCAGGACUAAGGUGGCUGGAAUCGUGGGACUUUUAAGGCCGCUGCCAGGACUCCAGCCUGAAUCCAGGAACUUUCUGGGGACAUCUAGCUGUGGAGCCAGUCCCUGGACUCUCCCAGCUGUGGAGGAAGCUGCCUGAGGAGCCUGAGGAAUUCUGCUGCCUGCCAGGACCAAGCUCUGGGAGCAUACCCGGAAUUUAACACAACACUGGAGAGUCACGGCUCUGUCUGCCGAGAUUCCACUGCUGGGGAUGGCUCAGCAACAGAGGACAGCAUCUCUCAGGCCCAUUUCCCCGAGUGUGCAACAUAAGGGAGGAUGAGUGUGUGAGAGCGUGUGUGAGUGGGUGGGAGUAUGAGGGUACAUUUGUCCAUACACCUGUGGAAUAUCGACCGUGGCUGUGGACAGCUGAGUGUCAUAAACUCUAAGACAUAGUCCAGGG